AGUCUUUCUCCCUUAUCUUGUCUUGGCUACACCAGAGAGUUCAUCUCAUGCUCUUCUUUCUCUAUUCAUUUUUCUUUGUUCUUAUUUCUUUCUUCUUCCCUUAUUCUUGCACGGCAGCACCAUCUCACCAAUAGCCCUCCCUCUCUCACCAAAACCAUAUAUCUCUGUCUAAGAAGAAAUUAAACUCUUACUAAAGUUUUAGCUUUAAUUGUGGGUGACAAGAACAAGAACCCGUCAUCGCAUUCGUCACCUUCAAACAUUUAACAAAUCAUCCCGAUGGCUAUCGUGACCAAUGAAAGAGCCUCUUCUUCUUUUUCUUCUUAUUCGUCUUCCACUCACCGAUGGAGCUAUGAUGUUUUUUUGAGUUUUCGAGGUGAAGAUACCCGUUAUGGUUUUACUGGCCAUUUAUAUAAGGCUUUGUGUGACAAGGGUUUUAACACCUUCAUGGAUAAUCACCUUCAAAGAGGAGAAGAAAUUUCAGUGGAACUUCUCAAAGCCAUUGAACUGUCGAUGAUUUCUAUCAUCGUAUUUUCUGAAAACUAUGCGUCUUCUACUUGGUGCAUGAAUGAACUUGUCAAGAUUUUUGAGUGUAAGAAUAAUGGCCAGUUGGUGUUACCAAUUUUUUAUAAAGUGAAUCCAUCAGAGAUACGUAAAAUAAAGGGAAAGUUUGGGAUAGACCUUGCUAAACAUGAAGAAAAAUUAAAAGAUGAUGUGGAGAAGGUUCAAAGGUGGAGGGCAACAUUGACUAAAGCAGCUAAUUUAUCUGGAUUUCUUUACCGUGAUGGCUGCAAUGAAUUCGAAUUUGAAUUUAUCCAAAGAGUUAUUAAAGAAAUAUCAAGUAUGAAAUCAAAUCGCGUGCAUUUAUUUGUUGCUAAAUAUCCAAUUGGAAUAGAUUUUCAAGUGGAGGCCAUAAAAUUGCUUUUAGAUAUGGAUUCAGAUGAUGUUCGCAUGAUAGGAAUUCAUGGUCUUGGAGGAAUAGGUAAGACUACAAUUUCAAGAGCUGUUUAUAAUAAAAUUGCUGAUCUUUUUGAAGGAAGCUGUUUUCUAGAGAAUGUUAGAGAAAUGUCUAAUAUAAAUGGUGGCAUAAUCCAACUACAAGAGACACUUCUCUCUAAGAUCUUACGAGAUAGAUAUUUGAAGGUGAACAGUGUAUCUGAAGGAACUAGUUUGAUAAAGGAAAGACUUCAUUGUAAAAAAGUUCUUUUAAUUCUAGAUGAUGUGGAUACAUCAAAAGAAAUAGAAAAUUUGCUUGGAGAAUGUAAUUGGUUUUCUUCAGGAAGUAGAGUCAUUAUAACAACAAGUGACAAACAAGUGCUAGCUACUCUUGGAAGAGAUCAUCAAAUUUACAAGGUUGAAGAAUUGAAUCAACGUCAAGCUCUUGAACUUUUUAGUCUACAUGCCUUCCAAACAAGUAAACCCAAAGAUGAUUAUUCAAAUCUUGCAAAGCAAAUUAUAUGUUAUGCCAAUGGCCUCCCAUUAGCUUUAAAAAUAAUGGGUUCUGAUUUGUGUGGAAAAAGUAUACCAGAAUGGAAAAGUGCAAUAGAAAAGUAUAAAAACAUUCCACAUGAAGACAUUGAAAAGAUACUUAGAAUAAGUUAUGAUGGAUUGGGAAAAAACGAAAAGGAUAUUUUUCUCGAUAUUGCGUGCUUCUUCAAAGGAUUCCACAAGGAUGAUGUUGUAAAUAUAUUAGAUAGUUGCAAUCUAUAUCCAAUUUAUGGUAUUGGAAAGCUUAUCGAUAAGUGUCUCAUAACUGUUGAUUCAAUUGGUAUUUUGCUUAUGCAUGACUUGCUACAAAAAUUGGGUAGAGAAAUUGUACAACAAGAAUCAAAAGAACUUGAAAACCGUAGCAGAAUAUGGUGUUAUAAUGAUGCUCAUGAAUUGCUAACCGGAAAUAUGGGAUCAAAUAAAAUUCGAGGUAUUAUGUUGCACUCACCUGAACCAAUAAAGGUGUCAUUGAAAUCUAAAGUUUUCAAAAGGAUGAAAAAUCUCAAAUAUCUGAUAGGUGAUGUACACAUUGAUAAAGAACUUGAUUAUCUACCGCAUAAGUUAAGGUUUCUUGAAUGGAAUGUAUCUCCUCUUUCCUUAUCCUCCAAAUGUCUUCCUCCUCAACAACUUGUUGCACUCAAAAUGUCUAGCUUUAUAGUGGAGAAUGUAUUCAAGCAGGAGUUCCAGUACAAAAAUUUGAAAAGUAUCAGACUGAGUAGGUGUGAUUCGAUUACUAAAGUACCCGACUUGUGUGCCCCAAACUUAGAGACAUUGGAAAUUUUAGGGUGUAUAAAUUUAAUUGAAGUUCAUGAGUCCAUUGGAUUUCUUGAUAAGCUUAAAUUAUGGAAAAUUUUGGUUUGUCGAAAACUUGAAAUUCUUCCAAGUAAGCUGGUGUUGAAAUCUCUUGAGUAUUUUUAUCUUAGCUUGUGCAUGAGUCUUAAGAAGUUCCCUGAUAUACACCCAGAAAUGAAACGUUUAAAAGAAUUAGUUUUGUUUUUUAAUGAUUUUAGAGAAUUGCCUUCAUCACUGGGGUAUCUCUCUGGGCUUCGUACGUUAAGUUUUUGCCAUUACCUUAAGGAGUUUCCAAUUCGCAACAACAAAUUGCAACUGCUUGAGGAAAAAGAUACUCUUACUUCCAAAUUGGGAAUGGCCUUUACAAGACCUGGGUUUCUAAGCUUGACAAGUCUAGAUCUUAGUCAUGGAAAUAUAACUGAAUUAGAUUUUUGGAUGCAACCCUAUUGCUUCCCCGUAUUGAGAUCUAUAAAUCUAGCUGGAACUAGUAUUGUUACCAUCCCAGAAAGUAUUAUCAAAUUUACUAGAUUAGCACAUCUUGACAUAAAAAACUGCGAACGGCUUCGGGAUAUUCCAAGGCUUCCGCAAUCUAUAGAAACAGUCAAUGCAGAGAAUUGCAAUUAUCUGGAUCCACAAUCAUCAAUCAAUUUAUGGAAGCAGUUUGGAGAAAUUCUAGGGAUUUUACCUGAAGCUGCAACAAGCAAUAGUCUCCCCGAAUUUGAAUCAGAAAUUGGGAGCUCUGGAUCUGAAUCUGAAAUUGAGAGUGAUAUUGUCCUUGAUGACUCCAAAUCUGAAUCUCAAAUUCAGAGCUCUGGUUUUGAAUUUAAAUCUCAAUUUGACUUCUAUUUACCUUAUCUUCUACUGCCAGGAAAUGAGAUUCCAAAGUGGUGCAAAUUUAACCACCAGAGCGUUGGAAAUUCCGUAUCAUUCUGGGUCGGUCCCAAAUUUUCAAAUUUGGAUGUCUGUGUUGCUUUUCCGUAUCAUUCGUGGUUCGCCUAUUUCAGUGACGAUUUUUCAAUUGGCAUUUCCAUUAAUAAUUGUGAAAAACAAAUUAUUUGUAGGGCUCAUGUAACAAGUGAUACUGAUCAUCUGUGGUUAAUUUAUGGGCAAUUGAAUAUAUCAAAUCCAUGUGAACAGAAUCAUAUUGAGCUUGAGGUUACAGGUUCAAAAAACUCAAGAUCCGAUUACACAAAUUGCUUGAGGUUCCAUGUAGAAUGCAUCUGUUGUCCUCCAAGACCCGAUAUUCCUCUCAUCCCCAUGGCUCCUAUUCUGCCACAUGUGUGGGAUCAAUGGGCUUUUAACAAUGUAGAUGAAGAUUCAAGGCUUUCAAUGGAAACAACCGCAUUAAUGGGUUUGAAGGCUGUGAUUUAAGUUUGCUGCCACCCGGCUAUCCCGUGGGAUACGAUUACACUAGGCAGAUUUCUUUGCCAUCCGUGGCUUCUAAUGGAUACCAAUUACACUUUGGGUUCAUCUUCAAUUGGCCAUGCCUUUGUAAACGAUGAAUUGGCCUUGAACCUGUAUCCACCGUCGAAAUGGGAACAUGUCUUUCAAACUUGGGAGAAAUGUGACUCCAUCCGAGAACAACCUUUAAAUUUAGAACUGGAAAUCAAGUUCUGAAGAUUGGCAUAACAAAUUAACUGUCUUCUCUCUUUCAACAAUAUUCUUCACUGGUAAUGUUAGUUAUCAUCGGAUAAAAUUUCAUUUCUAGAUGGUCAUUUCAAAAUUUGGCACCUCAGCUUACUUUCCUCUAGGGCCUUGAUUAUAGAUAUGCUUUACUGAGUUAAUGACUAGAAUUCUUUUAAAUGCCUUUUACUUGUGUCACUUACAGGAUAUUCCUUCAUUAACAAAUGAAGCUGUGAAAGGGCACCCUGGUGUGUCUUAUGACAUUACUGCACCUCUUGGUCUGCAUAAUCUACUAGUGGUAUAAAAUUUUAUCCUUUACCUUCUAUUGGGCCAAAAUCUGAAUAACUGUCUCUUAAGCUUUGCCAAAAAUUUAAAUUGUGCUCGACUUUAUGAUUGGGCUAUGUGCUCUGAUUUCUUUCUUACCCAAAAAAAAAAAAGUUUUUCCCUUUCUUCAUAAGCAAUACUUUCAUAUAAUACUCUUGAUUUCAUAAAUUAAAACUAGCACCCUUGUGGGGCCAAUCUGGUGGAUACCUUGCUUGAAGUUUUUGGUAGUAUUUAGAUAGACAGGCUUAUAUGUCCUUAACUUAGAUGGUUUAAUAUUGCAGGAUGUUGUUAAUGAUAGGAUAUUCCUUUAUUAACUGCUGAAGCUGUGAAAGGGCACCCUAUGUGUCUUAUGACAUUAUUGCACUUCUUAUUGUUUUGAUGAACAAAAAAUGGGUAGGGGGCAACUUGAGUUGGUGUCUUCUACCUGGGCGUAACCAUAGUGGUACCCUACCCACUAGGCCAGGGCCUGCAGAAACAGGGGAUCCAGAUGAGUCAUAACUAUGCACCUCUUGGCCUGCAAAAUUUACUUGUUGUAUAAAAUUUUAUCAUUUACUUUCUAUUGGGCCAAAAUUUGAAUAAUUCUCUUAUGCUUUGCCAAGAGUUUAAAUUGUGCUCGACUUUAUGAUUGGCUAUGUGCUCUGAUUUCUUUCUUACCUAUAAAAAAAAUGUUUUUCCCUUUCUUCAUGAGCAUUACUUUUACAUAAUACUCUUGAUUUCAUAAAUUAAAACUGGCACCCUUGUGGGGCCAAUCUGGUGGAUACCUUGCUUGGAGUUUUUGGUAAUAUUUGGAUAGAGAGGCUUAUAUGUCCUUAACUUAGAUGGUUUAAUAUUGCUGGAUGUUGUUAAUGAUAGGAUCAAACAUUGUUUAUGCCAUGUAGUAGGAGAUCGGAUGAGUUUGCAGCUUGUGCAUGCUUUAUUAAUUUAGAAAUUGUUGAGCAUAUUGUGGAAAUCUUUUUUAGUAAGAGGCUACUUCAAUGUGAAAUCUUAUGGAAGCGUCUUACAAUUGGAUAUAUAUGGCUUAUGCAAUUGUGUUGUAGCCAUGAUUUCAAAGGAAGCACUACUAUUUGGAGAGAUAAGGUAAAUGGAAGCUUUUAUUAUUAGCUUACGUUGUACUAGCAAUUAAGAGUUACAUUAUAGACUAAUCAAAGUAUACAAUUUUGUACACUUUUUGCAAAUAUUAAGACUUUUUGUGUUGGAGACUUUUUGUUA